GCAGACCUUUGUUCUCUUUGACUUACUUCCAGCAAUGGCUGUACUCCCAGUGGUGGUGUUUCUGGCGGCUGUGCUGCUUCUAUCUUUCCCCGCAGAAGGAAAGGAUCCAGCCUUUACUGCUUUGUCAACCAGUCAAUCGUCAGUCCAAAGAGAGAUUGUCGAUAAACACAAUGAGCUAAGGAAAUCAGUCUCUCCACCUGCCAGCAACAUGCUAAGGAUGGAAUGGAACAAAGAAGCAACAUCAAAUGCCCAAAAGUGGGCAAACAAGUGCACUUUAGAACACAGUAAUGCAGCGGACCGAAAAACUAGUAUGAAAUGUGGCGAGAAUAUCUAUAUGUCAAGUGACCCUGAUGCCUGGUCAAAAGCAAUUCAAAACUGGUAUGAUGAGAGCCAAAAUUUUGUCUAUGGUGUAGGACCAAAGAGUUCCAAUGUAGCUGUUGGACAUUAUACCCAGGUUGUUUGGUACUCAUCUUACCAUGUUGGAUGUGGAGUUGCCUAUUGUCCCAAUCAAGACAGUCUAAAAUACUACUACGUUUGCCAAUAUUGUCCUGCUGGGAAUAAUGUGAGUAAAAAGAAUACCCCCUACCAACGAGGAACACCCUGCGCCAGUUGCCCUGGUAACUGUGAGAAUGGACUAUGCACCAAUAGUUGCCAGUAUGAAGAUCUCCUUAGUAACUGUGAUUCCUUGAAGACAACAGCUGGUUGUGAACAUGAAUUACUCAAGGAAAAGUGCAAGGCUACUUGCCAAUGUGAAAACAAAAUUUACUGA